UUCGUCCUUUAUAAAUCUUUUCUUGUCCCAAUUGGUGAUUUCACACAGAAACAAAAUCGAUCGUAGAAGUAACCAAAUAGAUAUUUUUAAUCUCCUUUCCUCUCAUCUAUGGCGUUGCGACAAGUCACUAAGGCUGCGAUCCAAGCCUGUUCUUCCUCUUCCUCUUCAGGUUACUUUGCUAGACGUCAGUUUACUGCAUCUUCUGGUGAUAGCAAAAAGAUUGUUGGAGUUUUCUACAAGGCCAACGAAUACGCUACCAAGAACCCUAACUUCCUUGGUUGCGUCGAGAAUGCCUUAGGAAUUCGAAACUGGCUUGAAUCUCAAGGACAUCAGUACAUUGUCACUGAUGACAAAGAAGGCCCUGACUGUGAACUUGAGAAACAUAUCCCGGAUCUUCACGUCCUAAUAUCCACUCCUUUCCACCCGGCAUAUGUGACUGCUGAGAGAAUCAAGAAAGCCAAGAACCUGAAGCUUCUUCUCACGGCUGGUAUUGGCUCGGAUCACAUUGAUCUCCAGGCAGCUGCAGCUGCUGGCCUGACUGUGGCUGAAGUCACGGGAAGCAACACGGUCUCAGUAGCAGAAGAUGAGCUCAUGAGAAUCCUUAUCCUCAUGCGAAACUUCGUACCAGGGUACAACCAGGUCGUCAAUGGCGAGUGGAACGUCGCCAGCAUUUCUUAUAGAGCUUAUGAUCUGGAAGGGAAGACGAUUGGAACUGUGGGAGCUGGAAGAAUCGGAAAGCUUUUGCUACAACGGCUGAAACCAUUCGGGUGUAACUUAUUGUACCAUGACCGGCUUCAGAUGGCACCUGAGCUGGAGAAAGAGAUUGGAGCUAAGUACGUUGAAGAUAUGAACGAAAUGCUCCCUAAAUGCGACGUUGUAGUCGUCAACACGCCUCUCACUGAGAAGACAAGAGGAAUGUUCAACAGAGAGCUGAUAGGGAAAAUGAAGAAAGGCGUUUUGAUAGUGAACAACGCAAGAGGAGCCAUCAUGGAGAGGCAAGCAGUGGUUGAGGCCGUUGAGAGUGGACACAUUGGAGGGUACAGCGGAGACGUGUGGGACCCACAGCCAGCUCCUAAGGACCAUCCAUGGCGUUACAUGCCUAACCAGGCCAUGACUCCUCACAUCUCCGGCACCACCAUCGACGCCCAGCUACGAUAUGCGGCUGGUACGAAAGACAUGUUGGAGAGGUACUUCAAGGGAGAGGACUUCCCUGCUGAGAAUUACAUCGUCAAGGACGGUGAACUUGCUCCUCAGUACCGGUAAGGUUUUGAUGAGGUGAGAGUGGAAGAUGAUGAGAAAGGACCUCAGCGUUCAAGAAAACAAAUAAAAUAAAAGUAACUUGGUCAUCUUUUCGUUUGGUUUAUGUUAUUUCCAGAAGCACAAUAACAGGAGAGGACACUUCGAAUGUUCAGUGAGAGUUUGUGAACAUAGUCCUCAUUGGUUUUUAACCACAUGCGUAUUUGUUCAAACUCAAUUGUAUGGACUCGAUGGUUCCAACUUCCAAAUCCCAAUAUAAAGACACAAAAGACAUGAAUAAAGGGCAUGUUCAAUUUUGCCUAAAA